UGGUCGUAUCUUAUUGGCGGGCAGAGUCGAAGACUUCCUGAAACAGAGAGUAGAGAAAUGCGGUCGUUUUUACCUGAAGUGGCUGAACAACUUUUCCAAGACAUUCAAAAAUCACACCAGGAAACAUCUCAAAUUCCUGAUGACCUGCUUAUUGCGCUGAAGUUUGUCUUUGGGCCUUGUGCGCUUCCGGCUUUGGAUCUGGUCGACCAGCGUUCAGUCACCUGUCUGUCGUCUCCCAGUGGACGCAAAGCAUUCCAGGUGACGGGAGGCUCGGGACGCUUGUACACCUGCUUUGUGUCCUGUCACUACUGCCCGUGCCCGGCCUUCGCCUACACCGUGCUCCGCAGGAACGAGGGCCUGCUGUGCAAACACAUCCUGGCUGUGUACCUGUGUCAGGCCAUGGGUGUGACCCAGCAGUACAGUGUGUCUGAUCAGGAGAUGUCCGCGCUGCUCAGUGGGACCGCAGCCCUGUGACACCCAGGUACAUUCAGGACCAGCACAUCCUCCAGGACUGUCGAGGAAGAGAGAUGAUUUUUUUUUUUUUUUUUAAACCCAGUUGCUGUAGAGAUGAUUAGAUCACAGAAGUAUUAUCACGGCUUCCGCUCUUUCACAUGUCUCUCUGAAAGACACCAGAUGUUGCUUUAUUUAUUUUUUCUUUUGGAAGAGCUCUUAGUCUGUUUCCAGAAGAACGACAGCUGUUCAUUGAGCAUGUUCCUGCUUUAUUUAUAGGUCCUUUUUCGUCUGAAGAUGAAUCACUUAGGGAAGUAGUAAGUGACUGCAUGUUACCUCACAAAGAUUCAAAAUAGGGAUGCACAGUAUGGAUCUUUUUUUAACCAAUACUGAGAACAGAUACUGAAAACGAAAACCAGUAAUUACUUUCUUUUUUAGAAGAAGUUCCUAACCUGUAGUUUAUGCACAACAAAUGGGUGAGAAAGGCUAAGAUGUAUGAACAAGUUUGGAAAAUGUAAUAUGCCUAUACCUGGUUGUGGUAAAACUUGCUGACCGUCCUCCCUACAAACGGACUUUAAAAGGUGCAUACCAUCACCUACCGUAACGUCUGUACCUGCUACAAAUUUCCCAUUAUCUGGCCAGUAAUAUAUCGACCAUGUAUUGUGCAUCCCUAAUUAAAGCAACAUUGUGUAGUAUGUAAUUUUGUGCAAUUUGCCCCCCCCCCGCCACAGUUUCUGAGUGCAACAAAGCUGUAGUAAAUACAAAUCCAAGGUUUUUCUAACAAUUCAUCAGAUGUAAUUUACUGUUAGGUGUUUACUAGAAGCAACAAUCGUCACCUCGUCUCAGCAGCAUGCCAAGCUAAUGUAUCCUGAAUCAUAGAAAAUAACACCUGGCUAUAACAUGCCACCAGCUAACCCUCUGUUGAAAUGGCCUGACUUGGUGUGUGAUCAAAAAACAAGCAACUUGACAACUUUGGUGACACAGCCAAACACCAGGAAAGUACGACAACACAACAUGUAACUUACUAAUAAUACUAAUAUUACUUACUGUUCAACAGAAACAUAUCCUCACUCUUUGUCCAGCCUCUCUUUUGAUCACCGUCUCUUUUCUCGUCUUAGCUUCCUUUGUCAUUGUCCUCUUCGGUCUCUUCUCCUCUGUCAUGAUGUCCAUCGAGGAUGCUGAGCCUGGGUCUGUUUCCCACUCACCUGACUCUGGUUCUGGUGCACAUUCUACCCUCUCAUAGAAGUUGCACAGAGCAGAAACAAGUGAUAGGGUGGCAGAGUGGCUGAGACAGAUGUAAAACUGUUAUUUUAUGGUAGAAAUUAAACAGUUUUUCCCAAUGUGUCAUUUGUAAAUAUGUAAAACAUAGACUGUUAAGUGAUUUAAAAUGGACUUUUUAUGAAUAAAGACUGAUCUGUAACAAUA